AAUGAACAACCUCAAUAUUUGCCAGUUUUUCAAACAUACGGCCGACUUUGAACGACAUUGCCACUCAAGUCAGACACGUUGGUUUUACCAAUAAAACCUCCACAUUUCUCUAAUGAAGAAAAUUCCAGGACCAAAUUUAAAUCAAAUCAGAAGAAUUUUCACAAUAUUCUGCAGACAAUGAAACAAUAUUUGCAGCAUUUUCUCCUUCAAUUAUUCACUACACUUUUGGCGCCUGAAUCCCUAAAGCAGAACCAUGAAAAGAUCGAUUGUAAUUUCAUCUUUUUUAAUUCACUUAUCAUGCUUCCUUUCCAUCCAUGGAAUAUCCAGCGCAAAUGACACCAUAAACACAACUCAGAUCAUUAGAGACGGCGAUACAAUCAUUUCGCCGGCGGAGAGUUUCGAACUGGGAUUUUUCCGACCAGGGAACUCGACAAAUUAUUACCUUGGAAUAUGGUACAAGAAUGUCACAGUCAGAACUCCGAUUUGGGUCGCCAACAGAGAAAACCCUGUACUAAAUAUCGCGUCAGCCGCCUUAGAACUCAUUUCCGGCGGCCGAUUACUUCUCCGGGACGAAAGCACCAACGCAACGAUAUGGUCUUCCAACACUUCGAGAACCGCACACCACCCGUUCGCUCAAUUGCUCGACUCAGGAAACCUCGUCAUCCGCGAAGCGGACGACGAUCGGCCGGAGAAUUACCUCUGGCAGAGCUUCGACUAUCCGACGAACACCUUCUUACAGGCCAUGGACAUGGGCUGGAACUUAAUCACGGGCAGAGAACGCUACAUUUCGUCGUGGAAAACCGAAGAAAAUCCAUCUCCGGGAGAUUUCUCGUUUCGUCUCGAUAUUACAGGUUACCCUCAAGUGGUCAUCAACAGAGGGAGCACCGUGCUGCAUAGGCUUGGACCGUGGAACGGCAUGCGGUUCAGCGGGACUCCCAGCGUGAGACGGAACCCCACUUUCACGGCUGGACUGUUCAUGAAUAGUACAGUGGUGUACUAUAGAGAGGAUUCGCUGGACAGGUCGGUUGUUUCGAGGUUCACGUUGAGCCAGAGUGGGGUGGGUCAACGGUUGACUUGGGUUGACCGGAGCCAAGAAUGGGUCGUCUAUUACAACUUGCCCGCAGACAUAUGCGAUACUUACAGAUUGUGCGGCGCGCAUGGGAGUUGCAACAUCGGAAAUUCUCCUGCUUGUGGGUGUUUGGACAGAUUUGUGCCGAGAGACGAAGAGGGUUGGGUUCGAUCUGAUUGGUCGGGAGGGUGCGUAAGAAGGACUCCGUUGGACUGUCCGAACGAUGUCUUUUUGGGUUACUCUGGGAUUAAAAUGCCCGAUUCUCGAUUCACUUGGUUUAACGAAAGCUUGAAUCUUGAAGAGUGUAGGAGUGCGUGCUUGAGGAAUUGCACUUGUACGGCUUACUCGAAUUUGGAUAUAAGGGGAGAGGGAAGCGGUUGCUUGCAUUGGUUUGGCGACUUGAUUGAUAUUCGACUGUUGUCGGGGGAAGAACAGGUGAUUUAUAUUCGAAUGGCUGCUUCUGAAUUAGAUUCCAACGGAAAGAAAGGAAAAACGGUUGUAAUAAUUGCGGUUUUGACAUCGUUGGGGGUUGUUGUUCUGCUAGUUCUGUGCCUGGUGCUGUUUAUUUGGAGAAGGAAGAAGAUCGGUCAGAAGCUGACAGAAGAAGGUUUGUAUAUAACAUUCUAUAGGCGUUUUUGCCUACUUUUGAACGACUCGGAAGACCUAGAGCUGCCUAUAUAUGACUUAUCGACUGUUACUAAAGCUACAAAUAACUUCUCGACUAGCAACAAGCUUGGGGAAGGUGGAUUUGGACCCGUUUACAAGGGGAUACUGGAUGACGGAAAGGAAAUCGCAGUUAAACGGCUAUCUCAAACUUCAAUGCAAGGAAUUGACCAGUUCAAGAAUGAAGUCAUCUGCAUAGCCAAGCUUCAACAUCGGAAUCUUGUGAAGCUAUUAGGAUGCUGCAUCGAAGGAGUCGAAAAGAUGCUGAUUUACGAGUACAUGCCUAAUAAAAGCCUCGACUUGUUCCUAUUUGAUGAAGCAAAGAGUAAAGAGCUCGACUGGCCAAAACGGUUCCACAUUAUAAACGGUAUUGCUAGGGGGCUAAUGUAUCUUCAUCAAGAUUCUCGGCUAAGAAUUAUCCAUCGGGAUCUCAAAGUUAGUAACAUAUUAUUAGAUAGUGAAAUGAAUCCCAAGAUAUCGGAUUUUGGCAUGGCCAGAAGUUUUGGAGGGAACGAGACCGAAGCCAACACAAAUCGAGUCGUCGGAACAUACGGCUAUAUGUCGCCGGAAUAUGCUGUGGAUGGGCUUUUCUCGUUGAAAUCGGAUGUAUACAGCUUCGGUGUUUUAGUGCUCGAAAUCGUGAGUGGGCGGAGAAACAGAGGGUUUCAUCACAGAGAUCACCACCAUAACCUUCUUGGACAUGCAUGGAUACUGUACAAAGAAGGGAGGUCGUUGGAAUUGGUGGACAAUAAUAUUAUAGUCGACUCGAUUUACGUGUCUGAAUUACUACGGCUAAUACACGUGGCGCUAUUAUGCGUGCAACAAAGUCCGGAAGAUAGGCCAAGCAUGUCGUCGGUCGUUUUGAUGUUGGGAAGUGACGGUGUUCUGCCUAAAGCAAAACAGCCUGGCUUUUUCGCCGAAAGAAAUGUUUUCGGUACCGAAAAUACGACGAGCACGGUUGUUACGAGCUCUUCGAAUGAAUUCACUAUUACACUAUUGGAAGCUAGAUAGUUGCCACUUGUCAUAACAUACAUACUAUACUAUGAUUGUAAUGAGAUUGUAAUUUUGUUUGCUCCUUUAAUUAAUAAUAAAUUAGAAAUA